AUGGCCCGUCCGACCAACAGCGACGGAGAGGCACUCUCGGUAGAUGUCACCGCUAGAGCCCUUACGAUCCGAGACUGGCUGCUGAGCGAAGCCCGAUUCCUGGAGGAUCCGGAUCGGGCAACCGAAGGCUUUGCCCAGCGUCUAAUCGACGCGGGUCUGCCGCUGGACAGGAUGGCGAGCGCGAUGCCGACACUCCAUGCCUCGCGCCGCGGUCUCGGCCGCAUCUGGAACCGUGACACAGGCGUCGAGGCUUUGGACUUCCCCUGGGGCAAUCAGGCGAUCUACGAAGCCAGCCCCUACUACCAGGCCCAUCGCACGGGCCAGUGGGUGACAUUCCGGCUCGAUGAAAUCGGCGACGAGGCCUACAGCAUCGUCGCCGAUCUGCGGGAGGACGGCUACCGCGACUACGUCUGUAUGCCCAUCUUCUUUCGCGACGGUGCCGAAGGCGGGAUGACCUUCGCCACGCGCCAAUCCGGCGGCUUCAGCGAUCAGGACCUCGCCAUUCUAAGGUCCGUGGAGCCCGCGAUCGGGAUCGUGUUGGACCUCGCCCGCACCUGGCGACUGCUUCAGGAAACUCUGCGGAUGUACGUCGGUGACGAUCCCCAUGCACGCAUCCUCUCCGGUCAGGUGCGCCGGGGGGAGGUCCUGCACAUCCGGUCGGCUGUGCUGUUUGCGGACAUGCGAGGUUUCACCGCCUUGUCCGCGAAGAUGGACGCGGAGGAAACGGUGACGCUGCUCAACCGCUACUUCGACUGCGUCGUCCCGCCGAUCGAGCAGAGAGGCGGGCAAGUCCUGAAGUACAUGGGAGACGGGGUGCUGGCGAUCCACCGCGGCGGCGAGUCGGACGCGGCAGCCUGUAUCGCGGCCUUGAACUCAGCCAACGACGUCAUCGCGAGAAUCGAAGAUCGCUGCGCAAGAGAACACGAGGGACCGCGCUUCGGGAUUAAGAUCGCGUUGCACUUUGGCGAAGUCGCCUACGGCAACAUCGGAUCGGGUGCACGCCUCGACUACACCGUCGUCGGCAGAGACGUGAACAUCGCAAGCCGCUUGGCCGACCUUGCCGGCCAUCUCGACCGACAGCUCGUCCUCUCAUCGGAUUUUGCGGCGAUGCUGCCGGGCUACCGCUUCGACAGUUUGGGACAGCACGCGCUCCGGGGCGUGCCGGAACCGCAAUUGGUGUUCGAGCCGGCGACCGAGAACGCGAGCCUGUUGUGA